AUGGCGCCAGCGAGUGCGGUGUCGCUGGGCCACCAAGGCCGUGGCAAAAAGAGGCCUGCCGGUGAAGAGCUGGAGGGAGAGCAACGACGCCUAGCGAAAAAGUUUGGAUUGAUGCACAUCGCUCCAUCUAUUUCUAUUCCACCUCCCAUCCCUCGUACUCCGUCGAAUAAUCAAGAUGAUUCCCAUUCUACAUCCCCCCCGGUGCUCCAACCACAAUACCCGAUACCCGUUGCUUCUGCUACCGCGCCCGUGGACGAGUUCAUGCAAAUAGACGAAACAAAACACAGAGUCUACAUCCACGAUCUGGACCGCGAAAUCGCAGAGAUCGAAACACAAGAAAAGAACGACACGCCAUUCCUCCGCGAUAUCGAGAAGAGAGUCAUGUGUGUCCCCAAGUCCGUCCUGGGGGCUAGUAGCGACAGUAGUCACGCCAUUCCUUCCGCCAAUAAUGCGCUCGUGCUGUACCGGCCGCCGUCGUCGUUGAACGUGCCGAAACCGCAGGAUGGUGUGCCCAUGGCUGUUAUCGAGGAUACGGAGCAGGCACAUGCGAAGGCCGAGUCUGCGAGAACGGAGAAAGAGCAGGCGAAGGAUAUGGCGAAGGAGGUUAUUGGGGAGAAGGGACAUGGGGCUCUGGGGAUGAGUAUCCUGCGGAGUGGCUCGUCAUUGGAUUUACUUGCAUCCUCGACAUCUGCAAUGCUCCCUUUGCCCGAACCCCUUGAUCUGGAUUCACCUUUUGACGCUGAGCCGAUGGAGAUCGAUGAUAAUUGA